GACCACUUGAAAAGCCGAAAGAAAGAGACGAAAAGAAGUUAGAUUAUGGAGAGGGGAGACAAACGUGAAGUCUUAUGGAAAGUUCUUAUACACUGACGGGCAUACUUCAGUUAGUAUCGAUUGAAUCUUCGAUUGUUUGGUUACAAUGCAGUACAAGUUGUCGUAUUUCGAUGUAAUGGGUUUGGGCGAACCAAUAAGAUUCUUGUUAAGUUACGGUGGCGCCGAAUUUGAAGAUAUUCGUAUUGAUCGCGAACAAUGGGGAAAAUUUAAACCAGCAACUCCGUUCGGGCAAAUGCCAAUUUUAGAAUUUGACGGUAAAGUUUAUUCACAAACGUUACCGAUUUGUCGUUAUUUAGCGAAGAAAUAUAAUUUAAAUGGUAAAACCGAUUUGGACGAUUUACAAAUCGAUGCUAUUGCCAAUGCUCUUCACGAUCUCCGAAAACAAGUAGCACUUUUCUAUAGAAGCACUGAUCCCAACGAAAAGGCUAAAAGAAAGGAAGAAGUUUUAACCACAACUUUACCAUUUUAUUUAAAAAAGUUAGAAGAGCUGGCUCAUAAUAAUGGUGGUUAUUUGCAUGGUGGUCAGUUGAGUUAUGCCGACUUGUUCUUCGUGGCCAUUUCGGAUUCAAUUAACAAUGCCUGUGAGUUAGAUAUUGGCAAGAAUAAUCCUAAUUUAAAGUCUCUCAGGGAGAAGGUACUUGCAAUUCCAAAAAUUAAGGAAUGGGUACAGAAGAGACCUAAACUGGAAUUUUAAGUAUUUUUAAUUUGAUAUCACUUUCACACACAAAUCUUAUUCUUUUUAAAGGUAUUGUAAAAAAUCUACUAUUACAAUAAUUAAAAUAGAUUCAAUGCGAUGUGUAUUGUGUGUGUGUGUGUUUUUUUUUUAUAUAUAUAAAAAAAAGAAAUUAAACAACAUCGUCGUACGAAGUUUCCUGUUGAAUUUGAAAAGUAAAUAAAUAAUUUAUUAGUACUUAAUAUCGUUAAUAUGCGAUAUCUCCUCGUGUCUUUUUUUUUUCUAAAUGAAAAAUUUUACAAAAUACCUAUGUACAAUAAAAAAACAAAAAGGGAUGUUGAUAAAAACAUCAGUGUGGCUGCUGUGGCAGCCAAGAAAACGUUCUUCUUUCGUGGUAUCUUUGUAGCCACGUGAAAAUCUUUCCUCGACUGCAACAAAUUAUUAAUAACAACAUUAAAUUAGUGUCAAAAAAUUGUAUAAAAAUAUCUUGCAAGAAAUGAUUUAUUUUUAAUAAUAAAUGUUUAAUGUGAGUACUUGCUUAAUUUAGGGAACUUAAGAAAAUUUACGUUUGCUUUGUUCUUUUCUUUUUACUUUUGCUUUGUUCAUUUUCUUUUCACAGCGAGUAAAAGAUAUCGUCAGAUGUUAAUGAGUACAAUGAAUAGUAAAUAUGUGAAAGGAUAUCAAGUAUUCUUAUAAACCUUUGACGGUCAGUAAGUGACCUAUGGAAUCGUACAUAUCGGUAAUACCGAUAAUAUGGGGAAUUAUAAUUUAUGGGUUGUCUUUUCCAUUACAAAAACAAGUUUAAUAAUAUUACUAAGCAGUGAGUCAUAUUUUCUAGUUAUUAAAAAAUGUAAAUUUUAUAUGGAGCACAUAUGUUAUAAUCAAUAAAAAUUUAAUGUACCGUGA